AUGGCACCCAUAGGUAAUAACAUAAUCGUCUAUGUAUCAACAAUGUUAGCAUCACUUUCAUAUAGCUAUUAUGUUUCUUCAAAGAUCCCAAAAGGAUUAGAGCUAGAACCAUCAUCUAAUGCGCCUUAUCGCGCCACAUCUCUACAAAAUUUUUGGGCAAGGUGGAAUCUCUUGGUAACAAACACACUACGCCACACGACAUACAAGCCCAUUGUAUUAGCUUGUUCUAACCGCAAAUGGGCACCACUCGUGGGCAUAUUGGGGUCGUUUCUUGUGUCUGGGCUAAUGCAUGAGCUAUUGGUGUAUGAAUUGUCUCGCGCUAUGCCCACGUGGGAACUGACAUCAUUUUUUGUUAUUCAUGGAAUAUGUGUUGUGGCCGAGAUGGUUGUCAAACGAAUGUUAAGGUGGCGGUUGCCAGAUUUCGUCGCAAUUUUUCUGGUUAACGCAUUUAUAACUGUCACCGGCGUUUGGUUGUUUAUUCCGCCGUUUAUUAGUGCUCGUGUUGAUGUUAAAUAUCUUGAGGAGUAUACUCUGGUUGCUGAUUCUAUCAAGAACAAAAUCCAUACAAUCUUAUAUGUAUGA